AUGAGUCUCAGAUCUCCCCAGACUGCCAGCAGAUCGUCUGCCGGCAGCCGACCCUCCGCGAACCAAAACCUCGAGCAGCGCAGCUACCUCCAGCAGCAACGGCUCGAUGCUUAUAUGGCCGAGCCCCUGAGGAGUGGAAACCGCCUGGUGGGCCUGUCGUAUGGAACCGUCCCCACGGAAGCCUCAAGGCUGUACCAGGGCCCGUCGCUCGUUGAACAACCCCAGGACCUCAGGGGUGUCGGGUCUUGGACUUCCUCGCAUGGAAGCAGGUGA